CGCGCCGCCACCGCUCCUCUCGGCUUGCAGAGGCCGCCGGGGCCGUGGAUGGGGAGGGCGCGCCGCCCGGCCGGCCCGGCGCACAGGCGGCCGCGAUGAGGGUCCACGAGAAGUACUCGACGCUCCCGGCUGAGGACCGCAGCGUGCACAUCAUCAACAUCUGCGCCAUCGAGGACAUCGGCUUCCUGCCAUCCGAGGGCACGUUGCUGAACUCUCUGUCAGUGAAUCCUGACGCCCAGUGCAAAUAUGGCCUGUACUUCCGAGAUGGCAAGCGGAAAGUGGACUACAUCCUGGUGUACCACCACAAGCGGACCUCCGGCAGCAAGACCCUGGCCAGGAGGGUCCAGCACAGUGACACCCCUUCAGAAGCUCGCAGCGUCAAGGAGGGCCAGCCCCUGCCAGGAAAGGGGUCCUCAGUGGAAGCGGGCGGACCUGAGCCCUCCAUGGACUACCACGAGGAUGACAAGAGGUUCCGUAGGGAGGAGUACGAGGGGAACCUGCUGGAGGCCGGCCUGGAGCUGGAGCGGGACGAGGAUACCAAAAUUCACGGGGUUGGUUUUGUCAAAAUCCACGCCCCCUGGAACGUCCUGUGCAGAGAAGCUGAGUUCUUGAAACUCAAGAUGCCGACUAAGAAGAUGUACCACAUCAAUGAGACCCACGGCCUCCUGAAAAAGAUCAACUCGGUGCUCCAGAAAAUCACAGACCCCAUCCAGCCCCGGGUGUCCGAGCACAGGCCACAGGCCACCAAGAGACUCUCCUACCCCUUCUCCCGGGAGAAGCAGCACCUGUUUGAUCUGUCCGAUAAGGAUUCCUUUUUCGACAGCAAAACCCGGAGCACAAUUGUGUAUGAGAUUUUGAAAAGGACGACAUGUACCAAGGCCAAGUACAGCAUGGGCAUCACGAGUCUGCUGGCCAACGGUGUUUACUCGGCUGCCUACCCACUUCAUGAUGGAGACUAUGAGGGGGAGAACGUGGAGUUCAAUGACAGAAAACUCCUGUAUGAAGAGUGGGCAAGUUAUGGAGUCUUCUACAAAUACCAGCCCAUUGACCUGGUCAGGAAGUACUUCGGGGAGAAGAUCGGCCUGUACUUCGCCUGGCUGGGCGUCUACACCCAAAUGCUCAUCCCGGCCUCCAUUGUAGGCAUCAUCGUGUUCCUGUACGGCUGUGCCACCGUCGACGAAAACAUCCCCAGCAUGGAGAUGUGUGACCAGCGCCACAACAUCACCAUGUGCCCGCUGUGUGACAAGACCUGCAGCUACUGGAAGAUGAGCUCGGCGUGUGCCACCGCCCGGGCCAGUCACCUCUUCGACAACCCGGCCACCGUCUUCUUCUCCGUCUUCAUGGCUCUCUGGGCCGCCACCUUCAUGGAGCACUGGAAGCGGAAGCAGAUGAGGCUCAAUUACCGCUGGGACCUCACGGGCUUCGAGGAGGAGGAGGAGGCGGUCAAGGAUCAUCCCAGAGCCGAAUACGAAGCCAGAGUUUUGGAGAAGUCACUCAGAAAAGAAUCCAAAAACAAAGAGAAGUGCCACCAUGUGCCCGCGGAGUCGGCCAACAGAUGGAAACAGAGGGUUAAGACCGCCAUGGCAGGGGUGAAAUUGACAGACAAGGUAAAGCUGACCUGGCGAGACAGAUUCCCUGCUUACUGCACUAACCUGGUCUCCAUUGUCUUUAUGAUCGCGGUGACAUUUGCCAUUGUCCUCGGUGUGAUCAUCUACCGGAUCUCCAUGGCCGCCGCCUUGGCCGUGAAUUCCUCGCCCUCCGUGCGCUCCAACAUCCGUGUCACGGUCACGGCCACUGCCGUCAUCAUCAACCUGGUGGUCAUCAUCCUGCUGGACGAGGUCUACGGCUGCAUAGCACGCUGGCUCACAAAGAUUGAGGUCCCAAAGACAGAGAAGAGCUUCGAAGAGAGACUCAUCUUCAAGGCAUUCCUGCUCAAGUUUGUCAACUCCUACACCCCAAUCUUCUAUGUGGCUUUCUUCAAAGGCAGGUUCGUGGGACGCCCCGGAGACUACGUGUACAUUUUCCACUCUUUCCGGAUGGAGGAGUGUGCACCAGGCGGCUGUCUGAUGGAGCUCUGCAUUCAACUCAGCAUUAUCAUGCUGGGCAAGCAGCUCAUCCAGAACAACCUCUUCGAGAUCGGCAUCCCCAAAAUGAAGAAGCUGAUCCGCUACCUGAAGUUGAAGCGGCGCCGUGCCUCGGACCGCGAGGAGUACAUGAAGAAGAAGCAGCGCUACGAGGUGGACUACAAUCUGGAGCCCUUCGCGGGCCUCACCCCCGAGUACAUGGAGAUGAUUAUCCAGUUCGGCUUUGUCACCCUCUUCGUGGCGUCCUUCCCACUGGCCCCUCUCUUUGCACUGCUGAACAACAUCAUCGAGAUCCGCCUGGACGCCAAGAAGUUCGUCACGGAGCUCCGGAGGCCAGUGGCUGUCAGAGCCAAGGACAUCGGAAUCUGGUACAACAUUCUGAGAGGAGUCGGGAAGCUGGCCGUCAUCAUUAAUGCCUUCGUCAUCUCCUUCACGUCCGACUUCAUCCCACGCCUGGUGUACUUGUACAUGUACAGCCAGAACGGAACCAUGCACGGCUUCGUCAACCACACCCUCUCCUCCUUUAACGUCAGUGACUUCCAGAACGGCACGGCCCCCAAUGACCCCCUGGACCUGGGCUACGAGGUGCAGAUCUGCAGGUACAAAGACUACCGAGAGCCCCCGUGGUCCGAGCACAAGUAUGACAUCUCCAAGGACUUCUGGGCAGUGCUGGCCGCCCGGCUGGCCUUCGUCAUCGUCUUCCAGAACCUGGUGAUGUUCAUGAGCGACUUCGUGGACUGGGUCAUCCCCGACAUCCCCAAGGACAUCAGCCAGCAGAUCCACAAGGAGAAGGUGCUCAUGGUGGAGCUGUUCAUGCGUGAGGAGCAGGGCAAACAGCAGCUGCUGGACACGUGGAUGGACAAGGACGCAGAACGCCUGCGUGACGUGCCGUGCAACAACCACGCGGCCCGGCCCGGCCCGGCCAGCCCCUCGGGGCCCGGGGGUGCGCUGUAGCUCGGCCCGCGGGGUGGGCGGCCCGGCCAGGC